UUGAUGAUGAAGCUGUUUAGACGUAACCAAAAAAAAUUAACUUUUUUGUUGGGUCAAUUUUUUUGGCCAGCAAAUUACCUUUCUCAGCCCACUGUAAGCUGGCGAGAGUAAAUGAAAGAGGGGGCCAGUGAAGUUGCGGUUGCGCAUGUUUUUCUCAGUGCGUUUCGCUUCGUUUCGUUUCAAUUCGAUUCGUUCCGUGUUUGUUGGCGAUUUCUCAGUCGUUUUAAGUCGAUUUCAGUCGAUUUUAAGUUCCGGCGCAGGCGGUUUAAAUCGCUCCGUUCGGAAACCAUGUCAAGGUUAAAGAGAAACUGAACUAACAAAAACUAAAAACAAAAAUAUAAAAGCAUCAACAAAACUACCAAGGCAACACAAACCAAAAAUCUACAAAGGCAACUUAAGCAAGGAUACCAAAAAAAAAAAAAAAAAGAAACAAACAGAAACACAAACACAAACAUAAUCAGCUAACCAAAUCAGAAUGAACUGCGGUGCUUUGCGUGCAAUUAGCGACGAGGUGCAAAUGCAGACGAGCACAUCGACGACGCCGCAGCAGCGGAAGGUGAACUCCAUGCCACGUAACGCCACCACCCCGCAGUCCCAGAAUUCCGCUCCUCAUCCUCAUCCCUCGAGAUCCGUGGACCAGCAGCCGCAGACGGCGGCUCUCCGGCGGAGCACCAUGCCACGGGGCCGGGGAUUGGCCUCCUGUUUGAGGGGCGAGCGGGAUGACGCCCCCACGCCGCCCAUUCACGAGGUCCACUGCGAUGUGCAGCAGUUGCAGCUACUGCAGCAGCAGCAUCAGCUGCAACAACUGCAACAGCAGCAACAGCAGCAGCAGCAGCAACAGCAGCAACACCCACAGCAGCAACAUCAAUUGCUGCUGCAGCAGGAGCAGCAACUGCAGCUGAUGAAAGGUGACCAGGAGCGAAGGUCUGGGACAGGAUCGGGUGCAUCCACUCUGGAGACGGAGGGCAGGAGUGAGUACAAGUCGAAGACACUGCCUCGCAUACAUUUCGAUACGGCGCUAACCGAUUCAGUGCUGAAUGAAGUGUUUUAUCCCCUUUCCCAACUUCAACAACAACAAAAAUAAAAACGCAUUCCUGCACACCAAGAAAAAAAUGCGUGUUCGUGUGUAUUACUGCAGUCUCUCAGCGCUGCAUGUGUGCGUGUGUAUGUGUGUAUGCUGCAACUAAAAACCAAAACUAAACAAACAACAACAAAAAGUAAUACAAGUAAAGCUUAACCAAGCGACAAUGUGAUGCGAAAAGGCGAUAAGUUGCAGCAAAAACAAAAGCGUGAAGAAAGAGAAAAAACGCGGAAAUGCAGUUGAGCGCAUAAUUUUUAUAAGCCAAGCGACAAACGCACACACUCAAACAAAAACCUUAAAUAAAAAAAAAAAAAGAUUUUAAAAGUAGAAAACAGCAACAAGAAGGGGAGUGUAAAUAAAAUUCAUGAAGUAAAAAAGAAGCAUCAGCGAAAAGGAGAAAGAAGAAGCAGCAGCGUCAACAAACACAAACACAAGAUAUACCUGCGUGUGUGUGUGUGUGUGUGUGUGUGUGUGUAUGUUCUCUUCUCACUCUUCAAAUGUGUGUGUGUGCCAUGCUCUCUAAAAUACACUGAGCGAAAUACAAAUUAUAGACGACUUGCACAAAAUGU